AUGGAAGACGAUCUCGAAAUCAAGCGCGAGGACCAACAGUCGCGCGUUCUGCCCGCAGACGACAACAGGCCAAGGGUCCAGCACGGAGGCAAGAGACCACCCGUAGACCCUUUCGCCGAGGAUGACGAUGAUGAGGUAGACGAGCGCGGUGACAACGAAGAGGACGAAGAGGACGAAGAUGAUGAUGACGACGACGACGACGACGACGACGAAGAUGAUGAUGAAGACGAAGAAGACGAUGGCGCACGCGGAAGCCGCAGACGCGCCAAAAAGCAGCGUCGCAACCGCUUUCUCGAUGUCGAAGCCGAGGUAGACGAUGAUGAGGAGGAUCUCGACGAGGAGGAGGAAGAACUGGCCCGAGAGGAUGGUUUCAUCGAGGAAGACAUUCCCGACGAUACCGAAGAUGUGCAGAGACGCGCCGCCGCCGACAACCAACGUCUUGACCGUUUCCGAAGGCAGGAAGAGGACACCAACGCCGAAGCACUCGCCGAAGAGCUCCGUCAACGUUACGGUCGCUCGGCUCGAUAUGCCGCACAGUCCGACUAUGCCGAGGUGCCACAGCGCCUGCUCAUGCCCUCCGUCGAGGAUCCCAGCUUGUGGGGUGUGCCUUGUAAGCCCGGUAGAGAGAGGGAUAUCGUCAUGACCCUAGUGCGCAAAGCGAUGGCCGAGAACUUCACAUCCAACCCCAUGCGUGUCAUCUCGGCUUUCUGCCGAGACACCAUCCCCGGCAGGAUCUAUGUCGAGGCUCGACGUGCCGAUGAUGUCGUCAAGGCCUGCAAUGGUCUCGCCGGUGUCUAUGCACGACAGACCACCUCACUCCACCUCAUCCCUAUCUCGGAGAUGGCCGAUCUGCUCAAGCUUCAAAAGGUACAGAACGAAAUUCAGGUCGGCGGCUGGGUACGUAUCAAGCGUGGAAAAUAUGCUGGCGAUCUGGCACAGGUGCUCGACGUGUCGGAGAACGGCGAAGAAGUCGGUCUCAAGAUGAUCCCCCGUAUCGACCUCAACCCCAAGGACAGUGGCCUCUAUACCGACAGCUUGGGUCGCAAGAGAAAGAAGGGCGCCGGCGCCUCCUCUGCCACCGUCGCCUUUCGUCCGCCACAGCGCUUCUUCAACCCUGAAGAGGUGCAGAAGGCCUACCCCCGCGACACGCCCACCAAGCGUGGAAGCCAGUGGGUCUUCCAAAACGACAGUUACCGCGACGGCUACCUCGAGAAGGACGUCCGAGUUACGGGCAUUAUCACCGAAAACGUCAAUCCUACCCUGGACGAGAUCACCAAAUUCGCCGGCGAGAGCUCGCUUGAAGAUGGCAUCAACAAGCUUGGUGCGGUCGAUCUCAGCUUGAUCGCAGAUGCAAGCAAGAAGGCCACCGAAGCUCUCAUCCAGCCCAAGGACCAGGUCGAGAUCUUCGAAGGAGAGCAGGCAGGCGUCUACGGUACGGUCAAGGCGAUCAACAACGAGGUCAUCACCAUCCAGCUUGAGCACGAGGACCUGAUGGAUCAAAUCGUCGAGGUGCCAGCACGCAGCGUCCGCAAGCGAUUCAGUCCAGGAGACCACGUUAAGGUCAUGUCCGGCAAGCACGCCGACGAGACCGGUCUCGUGGUGAAAGUCGAGGACAACGUGACGACGUUCCUUUCAGAUCUGUCGAUGCAGGAGGUGUCGGUGUUCAGCAAGGAUAUCCGCCAGGCCGCCGAGGUGGGUUCCGGUGUCAACGUCAUCAGCGGCUACGAGCUGCACAAUCUGGUUCAGCUCGAUGCUCAGACGGUCGGUAUCAUCUUCAACAUCGAGCGAGAAAGCUUCAAGGUGCUCGACCAGACAGGACAGGUGGUCAGCGUCAAGCCGCAUCAGAUCAGCAACAAGAAGGACACGAGCCGUGCCUUUGCGCUCGACCACGAUGGCAACGAGAUUCGUUCAGGAGACAUGGUCAAGGAAGUGGCCGGCCCCUUCUCGCGUUCGCGACAAGGCCAAGUGCUUCACAUCUACCAGUCGAUGAUCGUUUUCCUGCACAAUCGCGAGUACACCGAAAACGGCGGUGUCUUCAUCGCACGUGCACGAGCGCUGGAGCCGUUGGCGCCCAAGAGCGUCUCGACCAAGGCAAAGAAGGAUGGCGGUGACCUCUCUAAGAUGAACCCGGCAUUGUCGAACCUCAGCGGCGGCGGAGCCAACGAUGUCCGCGUCGAAGGUGUGCGACGAAUGGGUGGCCGUGACAUGCACAAGGGCAAGAACGUGGCAAUCAUCAAAGGCCCUUACAAGACCUACCGCGGCCGCAUCACCGAGACGACGGGUAAUGUGGCGCGUAUCGAGCUCACGUCGGUGUCCAAGCCCAUCACAGUCAGCCUCGACUGGCUGGUCGAGAAGGAUCCAAUCACAGGCCGCAGUACAAAGUUGACCGCGGGAGGUUCCGGUGCGCCGAAUCGGGGCGGAUACAAUAGCGGGGGCUCGAGCAUGGGUGGUGCAUCGAGCAACCCUUACUCGUCCAGCGGCAGCUCGAUGGGUGCUGGCGGAUACAACCCGUACGGAGGCCCGCAGCCCGUCUCGGCUGGCGGUGGCUACGGUACGUCUUCGAAUGGUGGCGCGGGUGGGUAUGGCUACUCACAGCCUGUCGCGUCUUCAGCAGCCGGCGCUGGUGGAUAUGGAGGUGCAGGAGGCAUCGGCAGCCGCACGCCUGCGUAUAAUCCCUACGCAGGCGAUGGCGGCAAGACUCCAGCAUAUAACCCCUACGGCGACGGUGGCAAGACGCCCGCUUACAAUCCUCUUGGAGACGGCGGCAAGACCCCGGCUUACAACCCAGCUGCUGACGGAGGACGCACACCGGCAUACAAUCCUUAUGCUGGCGACGGCUGGUGA